GCAGGCCGAACAUCACCACUCUCCUUUAAACCUCCUCCACUACCACAUUAGAGCUUUGUCUUCUGCAUGCAAGCGAAGUCAUACACAAAAUGCGAUUCUCCACAACAACCCUUCUGAUCUCCGCCCUUGGGUGGAUCACAGCCGUGGCCGGGCACAACAUUCAGCUCAAGGCGCACUCGAGAGAAUGCUUCCACGAGACAUUGCACAAGGAUGAUAAGAUGACCGUUACCUUCCAGGUCGGCGACAGGGAGUUUGGUGGUAGCGGGAACCUUGAGAUUGAUUUCUGGGUUGAGGACCCCCUAAAGAACCGCCAGUACUUCAGACAAGCCGUCUCAUCGGAGGACUACUCGUUCACCGCGCACACCGACGGAAAGUACGUUUACUGCUUCAGCAACGAGGGUUGGACUUCGAACUCGAAGGAAGUGUCCUUCAACGUCCAUGGAAUCGUCUACGUACCGGAACAUGAAUUGACCCAAGAUCCCCUGGAGGCGGAAGUGCGUAAACUCUCGGAGGCUCUGGCUCAGGUGAAGGAUGAACAAUCGUACAUUGUCGUUAGAGAGCGGGUACAUCGGAAUACAGCGGAGAGCACAAACGCCCGAGUGAAGUGGUGGAGCAUCUUCCAGCUUGCUGUGCUCAUCGGUGAGGGUAUCUUCCAGGUCUGGUGGCUGAAGAGAUUCUUCGAGGUCAAGCGUGUUGUCUGAUUACAUCCAGAGACGAAGUAAUGGAGUUAUAUCGUGGGUGAUGAUUGGGGUCUUCGAUUGCAUUUACGGUCUGAGAGUUUGGCCUUUAGCAUCCCUGCAAUAAGACUGUAGUUCUUUGAUGAGCGCGAUGAAAUAUUCUAUUUUAGUCGGAGGCCAGAUCCCCCACAAAUUAUAUGUCAAUUCUCAUG